CAAAAGCUGACGAUUGAGAUUACGGUUGGUUUUCCGACGAAUCACCGUGAUUAUCAUCCAUUUCUGAUAACUUUUUUGUUCGUGGUGGUGGUCCAAUCUAGGUAAUUGACGCGGUAAUUGUAGUCGAUUAAUUAAAGUUAGAAAAAUUAAAAAAAAAAACAAUUAGGUAAAUAUUUAAUUAUUUAUUAAGGGCAAGAAAGGCCUUUUACUUUAAAUGAUGACGGGUUUUUAUCAUUAUGGAUGGCGUUAUUAUAAUCCGGCCAAAUUAUCUCUACUCGAUGAAUCCACGUGGUCACCACCAAUUGGUCAUCAUCCACAAAACCCGCAUUAAUCACCAAAAAUCCCUUCCCGCUCAAACACCCCACUUCCCCAAAUCUCCCCUCCCCUAAAUUCUCUCCCUAUCUCUCCUCCCCCUUCCAAAAUGUCCCUGACCUCCGCCUUCGCCGGCGACCGUAAAUUCCGGUGGGGGCGAAGCCCAAAAACUCCCCUCCUCCCCGAAAACCACCACUACUACGACAAACACCACCACCCUCGCAGCGCCGAACACGCCGAAGGCUUCGACGGCGCCUCAUUCUCAGGUGCCGUCUUCAAUCUAUCCACCACCAUUGUCGGCGCCGGAAUCAUGGCUCUUCCCGCAACCUUCAAGCAGCUCGGCCUUAUCCCUGGUGUAACCCUAAUUAUCCUUGCUGCGUUUAUGACUGAAUUCUCAAUCGAUAUGAUUCUUCGAUUCAGUAAGGCGUCUAAGUCUAACUCUUACUCUUCUGUUGCUGGUGAUGCUUUCGGCGUUUUCGGUCGUACUGUCUCGCAAGUUUGCAUUAUUGUAAACAAUCUUGGGCUGCUGGUCGUCUAUUUGAUCAUCAUUGGGGAUGUGUUGGCCGGAACGGCGACAAAGGGAUUAUCACACCAUAAAGGACUAAUGGAGGAAUGGUUUGGACAACAAUGGUGGUGGACGUCACGCUCAAUUUGGCUAGUUCUCACAACAUGUUUUGUUAUUGCGCCUCUCAUUUCAUUUAAGCGUGUCGAUUCAUUGAGGUAUACAUCAGCCUUGUCUGUGGGUUUGGCUAUUGUAUUCGUUGCAAUUACAGCUGGAGUAGCUAUUGUAAAGUUGUUGGAGGGGUCCAUAAAAAUGCCUCCAUUGUUUCCCAAAGUAGUGGACCAAGCUUCAUUCUGGAAGCUAUUUACGACUAUUCCAGUUUUAGUGACUGCAUAUAUUUGCCACCACAAUGUGCAUCCCAUUGAGAACGAACUUACAGACCCUUCUCAAAUGAAGGCAAUUGUUAAAACGUCACUCAUGUUGUGUUCCUCUGUAUAUGUCGCCACCAGCUUUUUUGGCUUUCUUUUGUUUGGGGAACAAACACUGGACGAUGUGCUUGCUAAUUUUGAUGGAGACCUCGGGAUUCCAUAUAGCUCACUGUUUGAUGAUGUGAUUAGAGUGAGUUAUGGUGUCCACUUGAUGCUUGUGUUCCCCAUUGUAUUCUACUCCCUUCGUCUCAAUGUGGAUGGGCUGUUAUUUCCACAUGCCAUACCCAUAGUAUAUGAUAAUAAUAGAUUCUAUUCAUUGACUGCAUGCCUAAUGGGUUUUAUAUUUCUGGGUGCCAACUAUGUCCCUAGCAUCUGGGAUGCAUUUCAGUUCACCGGUGCUACUGCUACUAUAUCUGUUGGAUACAUCAUACCAGCUGCAAUUGCCCUUAGAGACAACCACGGCAUUGCAACAAGGAAAGAUAGAUUUAUAUCAUGGGUAAUGAUUCCGUUAGCAGUGUUAUCAAGUACUGUGGCCAUUACAAGUGACAUUUAUAGCCUCGUGACCAAUAAUGAACAUGAAUUUUGAGCUCUAACGAUGUCCUCUAAUCUGGGCAGUGGGCACAACACUCUGUUUAGCACUAUUCCCUUGAUGGAUACACGAUUACAAAAAUUUGUGUCAGGAAUUUACUUUUCUUCUUGCUCUGAUACCUGGAACCUGUCAGAAAAAGGUUUUUCAGUUGGGCUUGGAAGAAGAUUCAGAAGGUUGCAGAGAUGGUGUUGGGUUGUUAACAUAACAGCAACAUUUGUGCAGCACCAGUAAUACGAGGAGGUUGUACGCAGAGGAAAGUUCUGCAUAGUUUACAGAAGAGCGCCAUAUGUUGGUGACUGGUGCCUGAAAAUGAGGUUAUUGUUUUGUUUAUACAGUAUAUUUAUUUAAUUAUUUAUUUUUGUAAAGAGAAAACCCAGGUGAAUAACCUGAGAUAUUCAUAUAGAAGUACAAAAGUGGUAGAAUUACAGAAGCAUGGAUGUAAAGAAGAAGAGCAUAUUGAAACAUCAUUAUUGGUUUAUGCCAAUCUAUUUGCAAUUAGGUUGGUUUUGUGGAUUAUAGGAAAAUUGACAUAGGAAUACUUGAAAGUAUGUUCUGUAUCAUUUUCAGUGAAAUACGAGAGGUCUUAGCAAGUAACAAAAGGUGAAUUUUCUAUCAUCCAACAGUGUAACACUAACAAAUUUCAUUUGUGCAGCAUAAUGUUUAUUUGUUAAA